CCGGGUUGCCCGAGUCGAAAACAAGAGGGGCACUAACACACCGAGCAAAGCGGAUUAAAGUCCCGCAGAGAUGGCGGGGGAGGCUGAGGACGAGAUUCCAGCAUCCGGAGCAGUUUUCACUUUUGGAAAGAGUAAAUUUGCUGACAACGUCCCCAGUAAAUUCUGGAUUAAAAAUGACGUCCCGCUCAAAAUAGCCUGUGGGGACGAACAUACCGCCUUAAUAACAGAAAAUGGGAAACUCUUCAUGUUUGGCAGCAACAACUGGGGCCAGCUGGGCCUGGGAUCCAAGCUGACUGUGAACAAGCCUACAUGUGUCAAAGCUCUGAAGUGUGAGAAGGUUCAGCUCGUGGCCUGUGGAAGAAACCACACAGUCAUCUGCACCGCUCAGGGAAACGUGUACGCCUCAGGUGGGAACAGCGAGGGUCAGCUGGGGCUCGGCGACUGUGAGGAGAGGACGGCUUUUCAGCGGCUCCAUUUCUUCAAUUCACAGGCACCAAUCAAAAUGCUCGCUGCUGGUUCCAACACCUCGGCUGCUCUCACAGAGAGUGGGAAACUCUUCAUGUGGGGCGACAAUACAGAGGGUCAGAUCGGUUUGGGGAAAGAGAGUCACGCCUCCUCGCCACAGGAAGUCAGUGUGGGACGACCCAUCAGCUGGGUGUCCUGUGGUUACUACCACUCUGCCUUAGUGACAGUGGACGGAGCUCUCUACAUGUUCGGUGAGCGUGACAGCGGCAAACUGGGUCUGAGCACCGACCAGCUGCACCGACACCGAGUCCCUCAGCUGGUGAAGAGCAUCAAGGCCCCGGUGACACAGGUGGCCUGUGGGGGGGGGCACACUGUGGCACUUACAGAGGACGACGUGUACUCGUUCGGCCUCGGUCAGUUCGGGCAGCUCGGCCACGGGACGUUUAUUUUUGAGUCUCGGCUGCCGCGUCCGGUCGAACACUUCAAGAAGGGACGGGUCUGUCAGGUGGCCUGUGGAGAGAACCACACUGCUGUCAUCACAGAUGCAGGUUUGCUCUACACAUUUGGAGACGGCAGACACGGUAAACUGGGCCUGGGAGAGGAAAACUUCACCAACCAGUUCAAACCAACUUUGUGUCCACGCUUCCUCAAGUAUAAUGUUCAGGCGGCGGUGUGCGGCGGCUGCCACAUGGUGGUGCUGGCUCGGCCGAGGGAUCAGAGCUGUGGCGCUGUGACUCUGGAGGAGGACGACGUGACGGAAGAUUUCCUGGAGAAGCCGUACGUGGAGCUGCUGGGGGACACGACCGACUCCUCCUCCCUGCAGAGGAGCCUCUCUGCCCGGGUCCGCAGGAGGGAGAGGGAGCGAUCUCCGGAUCAGUUCGGGGCCAUGUUCCGCACUCUGCCCGCCAUGACGCCCGGUUACCUCCACCCGCCGCUGCCAGUCUCUAGUCAGACCAUCCCGCCCAGACUGCCUCCACCUGAGCUGACCCACAGAAAGGUGCUCAAUGGCACUCACCAACACGGGAGCGCAGGGUCAAUCCACCAGGCGCAGGCAGGGGGCGACACAGACAGCGUUGGUGAGAGCCUGAGCGACACCGACAGCGUGAAAGGCCUGGGAGAAACCUCCGACUUCCUCAACAUGACACACGUGAUGAAGAUGGACCCCAGUGAUAAAACACUGACUCUGUCUCCUGUUCAGAAGGAUUUGACUAAAGGAUUUGCUCAAACGUGGAGCAAAGGAGAGGAGGAGGAGGAGAAAGAGGAAGACGACCACGCUGAUGAUGAAGAGGUGGAGGAGGAGGAGGAGAAUGAUACGUCCUCUCAGAGUUUGGAGGACAGGACAGAGAAAUCCGCAGCAGAGACCCAGAGUCCUAAGCCUGAAGCGCUGGAAGCAGGACCUGAGCCCGACGGAGAGCAGAAAGCAGCUGAAAUCACAGAGCAGCCUGACACCACUGCUGAGGGAGGGACAGGUGACAGCACCAAAUCAGCCAAUGGGACGGCAGACAGCAACUCAAAGAGCCAAUCAGGCUCCAGCAGAAAGCCCUCACUCUUCAGAAGGCUGUCCCUCUCCAGGUCGAAGCAGGCCAGCGACAGGGACCAAACCCCAGCGGAGGGCUCUGGCGGCGGGGAUGCAGCCAUCCAGGGAGAGCCUCCCCUCAGUGCCGUGAGCAGCAACCCAGAGACAAACAGGGGCGGAGCACAGCUGAAAUCUCUGUCCUCUGGGACCAGAGGGCCUCGCUCCGGGGCCUGUACAGUGCUGUGACCCCAGGAUUAAACUCUCAGGGGCCUCGGUUCUCUGCAAAACUCAGACCAAAGUGUGAAAGGUUCGUUAGCGCCUCCCCUCUGGGACGAUGGCUUCACGGUGAGCAGUGUGACCCAGCUGCAGGGACGGUUCUCGUGUAAAUACUGUCAUCCUGUCGGCCUGAAGGUGAAGACACAGCAGAGACGCUGCAGCUUCACAUCAGUAAAAACCUCGUCGUCCUGUUUUAUUGUAUCCACUGUAACUGCUGUGAAUCAUAACAGAUUUUAUUCCUUUAAGGUUCAGUCCAAACAGAAUCCUGAUCUGACAGCAGCAGCUUUUAUUCCCACCAGCCUUAAAAUCAGCCACCGUCUGUUCACAAGUGACCUACAGUACCGUGUGUGUGUGUGUGUGUGUGUGUGUGUGUGUGUGAAACUGUGAGGAUGUAAAUAUUCUUAUUUAUUGUGACCUGGUCCUUGAGCACAUUUGCACUUUUUUGCUGUGAUGUUUGACAGAGAUGCUUCUCUUUUAUAUUCUGACAUGAAAAUCUCAUCUAACUGAUGCUCGUCUUUCUUUAGCAUUUUGGAUUUUUUGUGACCAGUGAAACAUUUUGAUAUAAACCUGAAUGUGACUCAUUAUUUUUAUAUGGUGAAAAGUUUUCACGUCACAGUUUUAU